AUCGAUUUAGGUAGUACCCAUUUGGGACGUUGUGGGGGCGUGAAUACACUUCCCCACACGUAACCGUACUCCCGAACCCGAAUUUCUAAAAUUUCGCAGACCAAAAUCCUGAUUCCGACCCUUAGGUCGAGACAGGAGCAAAUGGUGUUCGAUCCACCACAGCUAAGGUCGAUGGCGACUCCAAGAAGUUCGCAAGAGAUACCCCGGUCCGGAGGGGCGGUUGCGACACCGGGGAAAAGAGGUUUUCUGCGUGUGAGAAACAGGAGGGGUCCCGGUCGUGAAGCA